UUCAGAUAAAUCCUGUGAACAUGAUGCCUAUUUUGAGCAGGUUUCUGAAACUUCUGCUGCAUCUUCUCAUGAGAGUGAAGGUGGCACUCUAGAUAGCAGUAAUGAUCGAAGUUCAUUUGUAGAAGGAGCUGGCCCAUGCUUCUCAGCUGAGAAUCAAAGUAUUUACACGGACAAAACAGAUGAAACAGGGCAGUUUCGCUGUAGCUCCGUGGAUCAGACAGGGUCAUCAUCUUCAGUCAUAACAGUCAGGGCUGAAAAGGUGCAACACAAACAAGAUGUAGCUGAUAGCCAAAAAACUGUUAAGCUUAUAUUUGCACAAGAUGGUGCUACUGGAUUCGUGAAUUGCUCAAGUUAUAAUGGAGGCAUAACCUCAAUUGAUCAAUCAAAUGCAGAGAAACCUACUCAGCCUUCAGAGUUUGUGAGGUGUGAUGGUGAAUCAGCUUCCCUGUAUGACGUAAAGGUCUGUGACAUCUGCGGAGAUGCUGGACAGGAGGAAUUUCUUGCUGUUUGUAGCAAGUGCAAUGUUGGUGCAGAGCAUGUUUACUGCAUGUGCCCAAUGUUGGAGACAGUUCCUUACAGCAAUUGGAUGUGUGAAGAGUGCAUGCUAUCAGAAGAUAAAGAUAAGAUGACCAAAACCAAAUUUGAAACGCUUGUUACAUGUCCAAAGUACGAAUCUUUAAAUCCAUCAAACCAAGGGUGUCAAAUGUCAAAUACUUAUGAUUUCAAGGAACUUCAUGAUAUAAAUACUAAAAGAUUGGAUGCUGACAAGAGCAGUGGAGACGAAGCAAGUUCUCUACUAUCUGCUAAGAGAACUUCAGGCAAUGUAAUUUGUACGUCAAUGACAAAAAGAUUAGCACUUGGACCAGAAAGUCGGCCUUCUUGUAUAUCUGAAGACUCUAGCAAAGCUCGGGCUCCAGGUUUUGAGGUGAAGCCUAGUCAUAAAUUGUCACUGUCAAAUGAUUACUCUUCUCAAACUAAAAGCAUUCAAGGGAAAUCAGGUCGAAAUCUGCCAAAAACCAAACUAUUUCAAACGGCAACUGGUAGUCUGAGUAAGUCAAGAUCAUUUAAUGAUUCAGGGAAGAGGCCAAAAGUACAGCGGUUGGAUGUAAUUCCAGAAAAUAGGAAAUUCUCCGUUAAAACUCAUUACAAGAAAAAAGGUAGUACUAUUCGAACAAUGAGGAAAACUCUGCCACUUAAUGAUGCGAGCUGUGGCAGUUCAAAAGCUGUUGGUCCAAAAAUUAAGAGGAUUCCAGCAAAAUUUUCUGACAAUGGCAGUUUGAAGAGAUUAAGGUGCAUGAAUGAACAUAUUUCAGUUAAAAUGACAUCUAACACCAGAUUUAAGAGGCUGCAAGUCGGCUCUACAAAAGAUGGUACUUUUGUUUCUGCAGCAUCACGUGAUAAGAAGUUUGAAUCUCAUGGUAAAUGUACACCUCCAGACGUUUGUGGAACCAAAUAUCUUAAUAUCAACCCUCUUCAGAUUUCAGAUGACUCAGUCAUUGCGGGCAAGGAAAGACACUGUGCUUGCCUAUAGCUGAUAUGGUUGAGGAU